GUCAGUGACACCCUCGCGCAAUCCCCCUCUUUUAUCCCGCUGGGCCUGCGGAACUUCGAGAGCCAUACAGUAUAAAAGGCAGCUGCCCCUGUUCCGAAGGAACGUCCACCGUCCCAACACUCCGCUGUGUGGUAAUCACGAACUCUCCAACAACUUCCCCCCAAAAUGGGCUCCUCCGACGUCGAAGUCGUCGUGCAAGACGGCAUCGGCACCAUCUUCAUUUCUCGUGAAGAGAAAUACAACAGCUUCCGCUGGCAAACCUACACAGACCUCAUGCAAGCUCUCCAGUCUCUCGCUUACCGCAAAGACACCUUCAUUACCGUGCUCACCGGAAAGGGCAAAUUCUUCAGUUCGGGAGCUGAUAUUACGGAGGAGAGGGAGGCACCAAAGGAUAGGCAUGAUGCUUGGGUCAAAUUUCGGACGGCAUUGGAGUUCUCUACUGCGGCGUUGACUAGGGCUGUGAUCGAUCAUCCGAAGCCGCUUGUUGUGCUGCUCAAUGGACCGGUGAUCGGCUAUCCUGCUGGACUGAUCGGCAACGCGGACAUCAUCUACGCAAGCGAGAGCGCAUACCUCUACUGCCCAUUCUCCAGCCUCGCGUUGUGCGCAGAAGGCAACUCGUCGCACGCGUUUGUUCAACGAAUGGGACUCGGACCAGCGAAUGAAGCUUUGCUCCUCGGCAAAAAGUUCAACGCCCGCGAACUCGAAAAGCUCGGAUUCGUCAACCAAACCUUCCCCGCCGCCUCCUUCGCCGCCGAAACGAGCAAAAUCCUCGCCCAAGCCGUGGCAACCUGCCACCCUGAAUCUCUGGUAGUCACCAAACGGCUGAUCCGGUCCGCGUUCGUGGACCAGCAGUACAAGACCCUCAUGCAUGAGACGGACGCGUUGACGGAGCGGUAUAUGAGUGGGGAGCCGGCGGUAGCUUUUGGGAGGUUGAUGAAGAGGAAUGCGGCGAAGAACAAGUUGUAGAUUUUCUCUCAGAGUCUCACACUGAUUUAUUAGUAACGGAUCAGGCGGUAGAUCCUCAUGUAAAUAGUUAGGAAGGACUUUUUCAUUUCAGUAGUGUAUCAGUAAUGCGGUUGAUGUGGAGUUACUUGGGGC